AUGCCGAAGUCCAGGUGGAAGAGCCGCAGCGGGUGGCCAAAGCUGGCCCCGAGACUGAGGUCCAGCAGCAGCAGCGCGGAGGGCGCCCUGGGGCCGCUGUGGUUCGCGCCGCUGGGCCCGGGCGGGCCAUCCGACAGGCUCCGACACGUGGAGCACGGGAUGCUUGAGCUGGGGGCCACCCCGCAGGGCGCACGGAGCCGCCUGGGCAGAUCUUCAGUAGUGGAUGUCCCAUCUGACGGCCUUAAUCAGCCAGUAACGCAGGUGAAGCUCACAGUCACCGUACACAAGGAUUUGCUUCUCGGUCACUAUGGCUUUGAGAUUUCACCCAACCCUCCUCCUACUAUCACAUCAGUUGCUGCAGGAAGCACAGCCGACGGGAAGCUGCUGCCCGGCGAUCAUAUCCUCACGAUAAACAACGAAGCUGUGGAGGACAUUUCUAUUGAGCAGGCAGCUGAUCUGUUAAGGGAACCCGAAGACUCUCUCCUUCUUACUGUUCUGCGAUGCACUUCGGGUGGUCCUAAGUCGUCAUUUCUUACGGCCGAGAAGAGGGCGCGGCUGAAAACGAACCCCGUCAAAGUGCGGUUUGCCGAGGAGGUGCUGGUGAACGGACACACUCAGGGGAAUGCUCUUCUGUGCGUGCCGAAUGUUCUCAAGGUGUACUUGGAAAAUGGACAGACGAAGGCUUUCAAAUUUGACACCACCACGACGGUGAAGGACAUAAUCCUCACCUUGAAAGAGAAGCUCUCCAUCCAGAGCAUUGAGCACUUCGCCCUGGCCUUGGAAGAACAGUACAACAUUUCUAAGCUCUACCUGCUGCACGAGGACGAGCUCAUCGAGCAGGUGGUCCAAAGGAAAGACUCCCAUGAUUACCGGUGUCUCUUCAGAGUCUGCUUUAUCCCUAAGGAUCCGUUGGACCUCCUACAAGAAGAUCCAGUUACCUUUGAAUACCUUUAUUUGCAGAGCUGCAGCGAUGUGCUUCAGGAGCGAUUUGCUGUCGAAAUGAAGUGCAGCGUGGCCCUGCGCCUGGCAGCGCUGCAUAUACAAGAGCGGAUUUAUGCCUGCGCCCAGCCGCAGAAAGUCUCUUUCAAAUAUAUAGAGAAGGACUGGGGAAUAGAAAACUUUAUAUCUCCGACUUUACUCCGAAACAUGAAAGGCAAAGACAUCAAGAAAGCCAUCAGCUUUCACAUGAAAAGGAACCAAAUCUUACUGGACCCGAGACAAAAGCACGUCCUCUCGGCCACACAGGUGCGUCUGAGCUACCUGCAGAUACUUGGAGACCUGAAAAUGUAUAGCGGGAAAAUCUUUAAUGCCACCCUAAUGCUACAGGACAGGGAAUCGUAUGUCGCCUUGCUGGUCGGAGCGAAGUAUGGAAUCAGCCAGAUUAUCAAUAACAAGCUCAACAUCAUAAGCCCCCUGGCAGAGUUUGCUAACAUCGGCAGGCUAGAGCUUACCGAAGAGUCUGAGAAAGCGAGCAUGGUAAAAAUCUACCUUCAGGAUGUGAAGUUGCUGACGCUGAUGCUAGAAUCAAACAGUGCCAAGGAUCUCGCCUGCCUCAUCGCAGGUUACUACAGGCUGUGUGUCGACUCGGGCAUCACCAUAUUCAUGUGGGGGGAGGCUAAGCAGCAGACCCACCGCAUCUCCACGGAAGAAGGUAAGAACUAG